AUGAUAGUGCCUUUAUUAUUCCUCAUCAGUGCGUGCACAGCCCUCGGCCAGGCCUACCAUUAUCCCAUAAGGUAAGGGAGUGUCACCCAAUUCUAAUCAAGUUCAGUUGUUUUUCAUGUGCUUCCGAGGAAUACCAACAACUCUACGAAAGCUCCAAAAACAGCCGCACUAUAGGCGUGCCAGUCAGGUUCGGUAAGAUGUGUAACCGAAAAGAAGACGUCAAACUGUUCUCUCCGCCCGUCCAAUGUGACAGUUCAUGCGUGACCGUACUCGAGCCACAAUACUUUGGAGGUAAACACAAAUACAGUACUUUGUUGAUAAAUUUAAAAAGUAACAGCGUCAAAGACGGUACCUUUGAAAACUAA